AUGGCCUCAACUGCUCCAUCACCAGAUCCCAGUUUGGAUGCUGAAUGGGAGGAAUGGAAAAUGAAAUAUGAAAAAACCUAUUGCCAGGAUGAAGAAAAAUCUAGAAGGACGUUGUGGGAGGAGGAGAAGAAGAUUGAUGAACACAAUGCCGAGUAUGGGCAGGACCAGACCGGCAUCUAUGCAAGCCUGAAUGAAUUUAGUGACAUGACCUAUGAAGAAUUCAGGAAAGUUUGCUGUGGAAACUUAAUGUGGGCAGAAGAAGACCUGGAUUGUAUAAGCAUGAAUGUAAGGAUUUGA